CGGGAAAUGUAGUUCAUGCAGAAAGAACCAGGAAGAGAAAUCUUGGGAGAGAAGGAAACGUUUGACAUACAUGCAAAUGAAGAGAAACCUUACGUGAAGAGAAGCUGUGCGGGGGCUGCACCAUGUGUGGCUUAUCCUGGCUCUGCGGCACCGUUUGAAUGCAAGAAUAGAUCUGGGGAGGCUUGGGCUGAGCCAAGCCGAAUCGAUCCGUUUUUGUUGCGUGUGGACAGCGUUUGCCUCGUCAGUGUCGCAGCCAGCAACCUCGUUUUCUAUAUCGAAACAGAAGAGACCAGAAAAGAACAGUUGAUGGUCUGUGCUUCCUGAUCAAUUUUGGAGCCUCCCCCUCCUCUCCCUCUCCUCCUUUUCCCUUCUCACCCUGUUCCUCUUGUAUUGGCUUUGAGUGCCUAAGAAGUCUGAGCUGCACCUUCCUUUUGGACUACUGCCUUGUCCUAUCUUACCCUUCAUUUCAACAUGGAAGUUGGCAUGCGAGUUGUACGUGGCAUGGACUGGAAAUGGAACAACCAAGAUGAUGGUGAAGGCCAUGUCGGGACCGUGGUGGAGAUUGGCCGGCAGGGAAGUACCACUACACCAGACAAAACAGUGGUUGUACAAUGGGAUAGUGGCACCCGAACAAACUACCGCACAGGUUACCAGGGUGCUUUUGACCUGCUCCUCUAUGACAAUGCACAGAUUGGUGUUCGCCAUUCCAACAUUAUCUGUGAUAGCUGCAAGAAGCAUGGCAUCAUGGGGAUGAGAUGGAAGUGCAAAGUCUGCUUUGAUUAUGACUUAUGCACUCAGUGCUACAUGAACAACAAGCAUGACCUGUCCCACACCUUUGAGCGCUAUGAAACCGCACACUCCCAACCAGUGACCCUGACCCCACGGCAGAACCUGUCUCGUAUUAUUUUGAAAGGAAUAUUUCAAGGAGUGAAGGUGGUUCGAGGACCAGAUUGGGACUGGGGCAAUCAGGAUGGAGGAGAAGGCAAGAUAGGAAAAGUGGUCGAUAUUCGUGGCUGGGACACUGAAUCUGGACGCAGUGUGGCUAGUGUGACCUGGUCCAAUGGAACCACAAAUGUCUACAGAAUGGGACACAAAGGAAAAGUGGACCUAAAGUACAUAUCUGAUGUAGCAGGGGGCUAUUACUACAAAGAGCACCUUCCAAAGUUAGGAGAACAUGCUGAACUACAGAGGCAGGAAAGUGCAGAUGGUCACUCUUUCCAGCAAAGAGACAAGGUCAAGUGUCUUCUAGAAGUGGACAUUCUCAGGCAGAUGCAGGAAGGUCAUGGUGGUUGGAACCCCAAAAUGGCAGAGUAUAUUGGCCGCAUAGGAACUAUUCACAGGAUUACUGAUCGGGGAGAUGUCAGAGUCCAGUAUGGUAAUAACAUCCGAUGGACUUUUCACCCUGGUGCUUUGACCAAGGUAAAUACUUUUGCAGUGGGAGAUCUGGUGCGGGUUCUAGAUGACAUGGACAAUGUAAAGAGAUUACAAGUUGGACAUGGCGAAUGGACGGACAGUAUGGCACCUGUCUUGGGACAGAUGGGUAAAGUGCUGAAGGUUUAUGCAGAUGGAGAUUUAAGAGUGGCUUUUGGGGGACAGACUUGGACAUUCAACCCAGCCUGUCUCAUGGCACAGCCAGUAGAAGUGGAUGCUAACCUCAUGACGACAGAUAACCCAGAGGAAUCAGGAAGUACAGUGGUUUCUGUUCUGGAAAAGCUGUUGUCGCAGACCACUGACCAAGACAACCCAGGGCGCCUUGUGAUUGAGGCAGCACACGGAAACAGCAGUAAAAUCCGAGAUCUAGUUCAAAAGUAUCCUGAUAAGGUUGAUGUAAAGAAUCAGGGAAAAACAGCUCUUCAGGUCGCCGCACAUCAAGGCCACAUGGAGGUUGUGAAGAUACUCCUGCAAAGCAAUGCUAACAUAGAAAUUAAAGAUGAGGAUGGAGACACCUGUCUGCAUUACACAGCUUUUGGAAACCAGUCAGAAAUUGCACGCUUCCUACUCAGCAAAGGGGCCAGUGUUAAUGUGUUGAACAAUUCUUUGUGCUCUGCUUUGCACAUCGCAGUGAACAAAGGUUUUACGGAGGUGGUGAGAGUGCUGUCAGAGCACAACGCUGAUGUCAACUUGCAGGAUUCCUAUGGAGACACACCACUGCAUGACGCCAUAGCUAAGGACUUUAGGAACAUAAUUGAAAUCCUAACAGAGGUGCCUAAUAUUGACUUCACCCAACAAAACAACCGGGGAUUUAAUCUCUUGCACCAAGCAGCUCUCAAGGGAAACAAACUAGCAACUGAGAGGAUCUUGGCACGUGCACGACAGCUAGUGGAUGUUAAAAAGGAUGAUGGCUUUUCUGCUUUACACCUGUCUGCUCUAAACAAUCAUCAAGAAGUAGCAGAAAUUCUUAUUAAAGAGGGCAGGUGUGAUGUAAAUAUCCGGAAUAAUCGGAACCAGACGCCACUUCAAUUGGCUGUAACUCAGGGACAUGCUGAGAUGGUGCAGCUUCUUGUUGCUGAAGGAGCUGAUGUCAACUUGGAGGAUGAGGAUGGGGACACAGCAAUGCACAUUGCAUUGAGCCGGCAGCAGCUGACAUCCACAAUGGCAGCCAGGGAGGGAGAGGGCUCUUCACUUUACACCAGGCUGCAGCUCUCUGGCCUCUUGGGGAACCUGGAGCUGAAUGUUGGCGCAGCCAUAGCCUGUUACCUUGUGCAAGAGGGGGCUGACAUGAAUUAUGCCAACCACAAAGGAAAGAGCCCACUAGACCUGGUUACAGAUGGCAUGAUUAUACAACUCAUCAAGAACUUCCAUGAGAAGCGCAGGACACAGCAGCUUCACAGCAACACAUCAGGAAACCAUUCAGGGGUUACCAGCAGCAGCAGCCUGCGCAGGGUCCAUACAACUCCAAACACCAUGACCAACCUGGUCAUGCCAGCUGCACCACCAGGGCCCAGCGAAUGCAUCAUCUGUUCUGAGCUAGCUUUGUUAAUCCUCUUCUCUCCCUGCCAGCACAGUGUCGCCUGUGAAGCCUGUGCUCAGAGAAUGAAGAAGUGCAUCAAAUGUCAAGUUACAAUAACUAAGAAACUCAGGCCCGAUAACACAGAAGUCGAUUGUAGCCCAAGUGCAGAAAACCCUGAGCAGCACAACCUUCUCGAACAGCUCCAGUCCCGCUAUCGGCAAAUGGAGGAGCGCAUCACCUGCCCGAUCUGCAUUGACAACCAAAUCAAGCUGGUGUUCCAGUGCGGCCACGCUUCCUGCUUGGAAUGUAGUGCCUCCCUCAAAUCCUGUCCCAUCUGCCGGCAAACUAUCCGCGAGCGCAUCCAGCUGUUUGUAUGAGGGACAAAGGAGGUUUUCCCAAGCCUCCCAAAGGUGUAUCUGGAACCAGUGCGGUUCUUGGGAGAUGAUUCUAGUUCUUCCAGUAUUGCUGUACAAGUGGGCCCGAUGUGUCGCGCUUAUGAAUACGCUACUCUAGCCAUUAAGGAGCCAACUGUUGGAAGCCCCGUUCCUCAUCUUCAAAGUCGAUUACUCCUCUACCUUGAAAGAUGGCCACAAGUAUUGCACCCCAUCUACUGCUGGGAGGUGGCAGAACCAGAAGGAAUUCCAGUCACCGAUGACACCACUUACUCUGCUUAGCUGCUUAAUGGUUUCCACAUCCAGUAACAGGACUCUCCAAAACGCCAACUUGAUCCACUGUUCACUGAAAGCCACUCUUUUGUUUUUGUCAGAAUGACUAAACAAAGCUGUGCUGUACACACCUGCUUCUAGAAAUGCAGAAAAACACAGGGCUCUGCUCCCGUUUCCACAUGCUAUACAUACUUGCUUGUUUUUCUGAAGGUGCUUUGAUUUUGGAGGAGGAAAAAAAAAACCCUCCACUUGGGAUCAAGGACAGUGGGGGCUGCAAAGUAAAGAUGAGGACUUGUACAGGUCUCGCGGUUGAGAGUACACACUACAUGCUGUUCUGGAGAUGGCCGGCCAGCCACCACUUCUUGUGCUUGGCAUUUCGGAUGUCCACUUUGCUUUACUUUACAGCUUCAGUUACAUUCAUGGCUUUAUAUUCUCAACUACACCGCAGUCGUGAAUGAAGUGGAGGAGCCUUCAUCACAUCUGCUCAUCUUCCCACAGCACUACUGAGAAUCUCUGACCACUGCGUUUCAGUCAACCCACUGGCGCAGGACACCUCCUCUUGGCACUGCUGGCUUCCUGUUGGGAUGUAGCACUUGAAUGUUUCUUCUUGCCUUUUUUUAUAAUAAAAAAAAAAAUAAGAUAACUUAUUAAGCAAUUAAACAUAUGCACGUGACAUGUAGGAGUAACUCAAGUUUGGUGCCAAACAGCCAGUCAGGAAACUGACCAUCUCAUGAGGGUCUUGCGCUGCCGCAGUUCCGAUUGUAUCUUUUACUUUACACUGAAGAUGACUACGUCCUCAUCUUACUGUAGCUACAUGGAUGUACUAAAAUGCCAAAAUGUCACCACCUCUGACGUCCUAACGCCUGUUUGAAACACUUCCACUUUCUCACACUAGGCUUCCAUUUUGUCCAUUUCAGAAUCUUCUGGGCUACAAAUCAAGUGCAAGAUGCUUAUCUUUAUUAAAUUGUAAAAAACUAUACAACCACAUUAAGGCACAACCUUUUGAUGGCUCUAAACCCCACCAAAAAAGUCAAGAACCAGCGCAGUGUUAAGAGGGGAUUUGGAAAUUGUAAAAAAAACAACAACAUAUAUAUAUAUCUACAUAAAAUGAUGCUAUCAGUAUUUGUUGUACAGAACUUCACUCUCUGCUCUGGGCCUUGUUCUUUACUCAAGUUAUUUUGUUUUCUUUAAGAAUAUUUUGAAAUAAAUAUGUAAUUAUUUUAUAAAAU